AUGGCUUAUAACGGUACGGGACCCGGUAUCCCGCCUCCAUCGACAGAUAUAGUGUCCGAGCUACAACAGAGUAUUACAAGUGGUGCCGUUGAUCCCGCGGUAUACACGUUGUUGCCCACGAGUCUGACCGCUCAGAGCUCUUUUGAACUCCAAAAUUUACCAUAUUCCUCCUCGGUUGCUGUUCCUACUCCAAGUAGUACCCCAGUAGAUGUCUCAGAAGUUUCACAGGUUACCGGUGGGGAUUUGUUUACCAGCAGCAGCAACUCUAUCAAUCAAUAUUCUCAGUAUGUGCCAUCGCCUACGGAUAGCACAAAUCACCAACCAACUACAAGCAGUAUAACGUCUUCCGAAGCGUACGUGAUACCGGAUAUCACUAGCUCAAGUUAUGUCACUGCCAGUAGCAGUUCUGUGGAGGACACUACCUGGUCGCAGAUAUUGUCUGCGUUUGAGAAUGACACUGCGCAGUGGUCUUUAGCUGACUUAUUGACGUCUACGGAACCCACUACGAGCUCUUACGAACCACCAUUAACAAGCAGCUUUUUAUCGUCUGGUAUGCCCGUUAUUCAUAAAUCUUCAUUACCGGGGAGGUCCGAGCUAGAUGAAAGUUUAGCAGCCAGAUCCACGAGCAUAAUCUAUUCCUCGUCGAUACCGACAGCCACUUCUUCAUCGUUGGCUCAAUUGGUUGUGUCCUCGUCAUCGUGGUACUCGACUCCGGUAUCCUCGACUCCGGUAUUCUCAUCAGCAACAUUAUCGUCAUCGUUAUCACGGUCGGCACCAUCUUCAUCCAUAAAGCGAAUAACUUCGAUACUAUCGCUUCCACCAUUGACAUCCCAGUACUUGAAUAGUUCAUUGACGACGACAACGAUAUCCUCCCUGUCACCAUCUUCUUCCUCUUCUGCCCCCCCAUUUUCUUCGUCCUCUGCGGUAUUCUAUAAUUCCACAUCCGAGUUACCCUUUGCUGCAACUGAGCCCACCUCAACAUCCGAUGACUUUACGAGCUCCGCUACGGCGGUAUCGUCAUCCACAAGUCUGUACAGCGUGUCUGAUGCAUCAAAGGCGUUUUAUUACAUCUACCAGCAACCAUACGUCUUCACAGAUACGACGACCACAUUUACGACCGAUUUGCCCAAAACAACAUCAAUCAUGAAGGGUAGAUCGCAGUCAUUUGUAGUCCCCUCGUCGACUGUAACGGCGCCAGUCAAAGCGUACAAGAAGUGGCUCGAUGGCGGUGGGCUCGAUGACUCAUCGUCGAGCGGGCCCACGGCUCACUCCAAAACGGGGACUAUCGUUGGAAGUGUAGUAGGAAGUGUUGGUGGAGUGCUGCUCUGUGCGGUACUGAUCUGGUUUGUGAUGUUCAGACGGAGGAAACACCUACGGUUGAGGAAGGAAAGUAGUCCAUCACUGGAGGGGUUCCACCACGGGCUUGGCAGACGCACAUACAACUACAACGCGACAGCCCUGUCACGAGAUACACAAAACAAGGAAACUUCACCUCAGAGGGACCCCUUCAAGCGGGAAUUCGAUUUCAACCACAGAGGCGAGAUGUCUCAGAGGCCCGCCGCGCCGCCAAUACCACCACCAAGAAAGACCGUGCCCACGGGUACCACUCCGAGCAACGGACAGCCGCUACGGCACCCGCUGCCAAUGGCGGACGAAACGCACGCGAGGUUUUCGUAUAUGUCCUCGGAGUACGGGUCCUCGAUGGACUCGUCCGAAAUCAACGACUCUCUGUCCACUGCAUCGUCCUCGCUGCGUCUCGGGACGCGGCACGAUAGUGGAGUGCCAAGAAACGGGAACCAGGGGUUUCUGAGGGAGAUCAUAUAG